AGCGAGGUCUGUGCUCUCCUCGUGCAAAUAAAGAGAGCUUAGAAGUGCCGGAGGUCUGAGUGAGGUCCUUUGAGUUGGGAGAUCUGAGUAGUUAGGUGACUGUCUUUUUACGCUUCAUUUGCGUUUCCUAAAGAACAAGAAGAUGAGACGCACAAUCACUCUGCUCAGUGCGGGUACGGCCACCGCAGAGGCCGUGUCCAAGCCCAACCCAAUCAGGCGAGUCGUUACGCUGCUCCAGGAGAUGGCAACUGAAAUCGAGACAGAAAUCGAGAAGGAAGCCAAGGUGAUAUUUCCUUACACAACCAGAAACUUUUUGAUGCGACUCCUCGACAUGGUGAUAAUUCGUUGUGCGCGUCAAUUUGCGGCCCAACAUCAUUGCCAUUUGCGUUUAGAACGAUGGCGCUCGAUCUGGAGACAACACGGGAAAACUUUCUCCUCCCGACUCUCGGGAGAAAGUGUCCCUUGACUUAAGACUCUUUACAAGUCGCGAAGAAAAACUCCAUAUACUUGUUGUAGUUGUAGUUCAAUCAUGUGUAACUUGUCGAGCAACCAUAGGAAGGUCACCAAAUUUUCCUUGUCAUCCCUCAGGCCUACGAAAAGUUCCAGUGCUAUUGCAAGAAGAACGAUGGUGCAUUAGAUUCCAAGACAAAGGAGGCGGCAGCCCUCAUUAAGAAGACAACGGCAGAGGUCGAGGGACUUACAGGCCAGAAAAAGCAGCUAGCAGAGGAAUUGAAAAAGCAUAAGAAGGUACUUCACUCCUACCUUGUCUGCAGAUGAAAGAAACAGGAAGUAGCAAGAUACAGUUUUGAUUGCCUUUGGAUACAUCAACUAUCUUUUUGUAGUUACGAUCAAACUUUAUUCAACAAAAACAUAUUCUAUAUCUCGCCUGAACACAUCAGGACCGAGCAGAGGCGCAGAAGAAACUAGAGGCUGCAACAAAGCAGAGAUCAGAGGAAGAAACCAAAUAUGAUGAAGCCACGAAGGAGCAGCGAAAAACGCUGGCCGAUUUAGAUAAGGCUAUUUCAGCCCUCGAGAAGGGAAUGGGAAAGUCGUUUUUGCAGACUGGAGCAGCCGGAUACCUGCGCAAGGUGAGACUUUGUUUUUUAGAUUCAGGUUUGAGUUCUCUGGUCUGGAUUUAGAAUUUGGUUUUCGAUUUCAUGCUUCCUUCGUGUCAGUCGGAUGCCAACGUUUACUCGCUUCUAAAUACCUCCAACGCCCCAUCGCCUAGGUUGUCGAGAGCAACAGUGCAUCCAUGUCCCUUCUUGACGUCAGCGAUCAGGAGACUAUUGCAUCGUUCUUGGAGAGCGGCAAGGACUAUGCGCCAGCUAGCGGUGAGAUCGUUGGUAUCCUGAAGAUGAUGAAGGAUAACUUCGACGAGUCCCUCGGAGGAAUUGUCGGCGAGGAGGAGAAGGCCGUCAAGGCGUUCACCGAGCUCAAGGCUACUUUAUGAAAAGGAACAAGAUUUGGUAUCCGUCUUUCUUUAGAUUUAGAAGAUGGAUAGCUAGACCGGAGUCACCGUCUGAGAGCAGAGGACUGACAUCCACCUACUCAGCAAGUCAGAUAGUCCAUAACCAAAGGGUGCUCGUCCUACUAAGCUUUGACUCUCGUUUCCUCUUUCAUACCCUCUGACCGAGCUGAUCAAGGCUUCCGGCUCCGCUAUCGAGAAGAAGGCAGAGCUGAAGGGACAAGUUGCUGUCAAGAUCGUCGAGGGAAAGAACAUGAUUAGCACUACGGAGAAGCAGAUGUCCGACGACAUGGCCACGGCUGCCGCGCUCAAGGACGCCUGCGGUAACAAGGGAGACGAGUUCAAGACUCGCCAGGAGGAUGCUUCUGCCGAAGUCGGUGCCAUCAACCAGGCGAUUGGCGUUUUGAACAACGACGACGCCCUUGACUUGUUCAAGAAGACCGACACCAAGGCUCUAGUUCAGCAGAGCGUCAGUCUUUUGCAGACUUCCGCCAGGAACAGUGACAACGCCAAGACCGAACUUGUCCAGCAAUUAGAGUCCGUUGCCAGAAUUGCUAAGAACCCAUCGCUUGCUAUGCUCGCAUUGACCUCCAAGCAGGCCUUGAAAGCUGGCGUUGACUUCAGCAAGAUCAUGAAAAUGAUCGACGACAUGAUUGUCCUUCUCAAGAAGGAAGCCGAAGAUGACAUCAAGGCCCGCGAUUCCUGCUCCGCUUCCUUCGCCGAAUCCGAAGCCACCAAAAAGGACGCCGAGCACGCCAUCAAGGGUAAUGACGAGUAGAGCCUUCAUGAAUACAACCUCCAUUACUUCUAUCUGCUGGGCCGAAUCUGUUUCUGGGUAGUUCCAAACCUUAAAAGCAAAACUAAAUCUUCGUGAUAGGUUCGCCUUGAAAGCUGUCAAUAUCUAAAAUUCGCUUCUGACCAGGUCUCGGAUCCAGCAUCGACGAACUUGCGGGUGCUAUCGAAGCCCAGGCCGCUAUCAUGGAGAAGAGCGCUACUGAUGUGAAGACCGCCCAAGAAUCUAUGGCUGCCGCCACUGAACAGCGCAAAGCCGAUAACGCCGAAUUCAUCGAGGCCGUCGACCUCAACAAGCAGGUAAUAAAAAAAAGAUCUCUGUGCUUGGAGAUUAGAAGCACACUACAAUGCCUCUGAGAAGUUUUGAAGCGAAAUUAGUGUGAACCACUCCAGUCUUCAUCACUUCAUUCACGAAUCAAUGCAAUUACCACCAAUUGCCACCAACACCAUCAAGUACACCAAUUCAUGCAGGCCGUCGAGCUGAUCGGAAAGGCAAAGAACAAGCUGAACGCAUACUACAACCCGCAGCUUGUCCCGAAGGAAAAGCCGGCUGAGCUCACCGCCGAAGAGGAACUUGAGCAGGGAUUUAAGGAGGUACUUCUACUUGUUGGGGACUACGUUGAUUCUUCAUGGAAAAUUUAGAUAGAUGUUGAAAAUCCUCAAGCUCAUUUCUCAACAAUCCUCAACAUUUUCCUUGCACAACACCAGGCCCUGAUCCAGCCGCACUCUUUCGUGCAAGUGUCUUCUCGCCAGUUGCCAGAGGGUAUGCCAGAGACCUUCGAAGGUGAUCGCAAGAACAAGGGCGGCAAGGGAGCCUCCGUCCUGGCCUUGAUGGACAUGCUCGCUAACGACAUCAACAAAGACACCGAUGCCCUGGAGCACGACGAGACCGUCGCUCAGAAGGACUACGAGGCCUUGAGCAAGGAUCUUGCUGAACAGAUCGCUGAGAGCACCAAGGCAGGCAACGACGCUGCAGCCUCCAAGGCUGCUGCCGAAGAGGAGAAGCAGACCGCGGAAUCCACCCUCAGCAUGAAGGAAGAGGAGCUCGCAGACGUCGUCCAGACGAUCGCGGACCUGCACGCCAAGUGCGACUUCAUCAUCGGCGCAUUCGAGGAGCGCAAGGCUGCACGCGAGAACGAAGUCGCCGGCCUCGGCAAGGCCAAGGCUAUCUUGGCAGGUGCCAAGUUCGACUAAGCAGGUUCUGAAUUCGACUAUGGAGAGGCCGAGUUGGACCAAGCAGGUACUGGGUUCGACUGAGCCGAGCUCUUGGACCAAGCGGGUGUCGUUGAGGACGGAUGAGUUCUAGAAGAAGGAACACACUGGAAGAACUAGUACACACUUCUAGUUCUAAACACUAUCAAUCCAAAAAUCAACAAAAUGUACAGUUGUAUUAGAAUGUAUCCAGUCGUUGGAAUAUCUUGUUUACGCAUCAUGUGGUUUCGUCGUGUUUCCUAAUGUAUUUAGAAAUAGACUCCCUCGAAGGCUAUGCGGGAGUUGUUACACUUUCAUCAUGUCAUCUCAGUUUACUUCACUAAACUUUCUAGCUUAAAUUGUUUACAUCGUAUCUUCUAUUCUUAUUUGUCGUAGUUAGCAAGCGGCCCAUGGGUCGCGGUAGUGCGAGGCACUACAGCAGACAUUUCUCUUAGAUUAUUAGACAUUGUCGUUGUAUUUUUCAUUUUUUUCACUUUUUUCUGACCACUGAGAUAUUUUCCGAGAUGCGAUUGUUUGUGGAAAAUCUAAAUCAGAUAUUAUUAUAGGUGAUGGGAUUCUCUUACGAGAAGGGCAAAAAUCAG